GCUUCACGUGCUGCCGAGGUAGACCUACUUACUCCGUAGACCUCCUUCCCAUCUUCCACAUCACCUUCUUGCAAGCUGACUUCUUCAAUCCAAGAGAUUGCGUCAACAAAACACCCAGACGCCAUCUCAACCAGCAGAAGAUGAAGUCCUGAAUCAGGUCUCAAGCUUCGAUUGUAUCCGACAGCUCACAUCUCCCACCAGAGUUGAGAUUCUUCUCGAGCCGUUUCUGCACACAUCAGUGAAUCUCUUGGUCUCCGUAAAUCAUUGAGGUUCUCAGAUUAACUGAACCAUGGCAGUCAAGAACAGUCCUGUUCGCUAUGUUCUCAACGAACGCGAACUCCAACUGUUGCGUCGAAUUGUCAAACCAGCCUCGACCCAGUCAAGCUAUGUCCCAGCACCAACAACAAACAACAACAACAAUUCAUCAUCAUCAACAACAACAACUUCAUCUCCCUUGGAAACACAGAAUGAUCGAGAACAUCACAAUGCAGCAACUUUCCGUUCAGCGUCGCGUGUAUUCUUACUCACAUAUGGCUCAUUGAAGUCCAUCGACUUAGUUCUCGCGCGCCUGGCCAAUGCCCGCAAAUCUCCUACGGCGACUCGAUCUCGACAACCAUUAGUUGCUUCACCGGGACGCAUGGCUCUUUCGCUGUCGUCACUAUUAUUUCUCCAUUCAACGCUAUACCGCAUCUUGCACACACUGAGAUUGCGUCUGUUACAUGAAAAGGUCCGGGCCAUACAGGAUCGGUAUCCAAGGAUCUACGCCGUGUUAACUUCCAAACUGGCGCCCGCCAUCGGCGCAAGUCUGUCAGGUCUGGCGCUGGGGAUAUGUCCUGCUGAUCAGCUUCGCAUCACCGUCGCCAUCUAUAUUGCGUCAUGGUCUCUGGAAAUCGGGUAUAAAUCCAUCUCUCAAACAGCGUGGGUUAAGGAAAAUCUGCCAUCCUGGUUCGGCAGCUGGCUAGUCUUUGCCGUUGCACAGGGUCAGUUGCUACACGCAUUUGUGUUCGACCGGGACUGCUUCCCAGAGUCGUACGGGGCUUUCAUCAUUGGAAACACGCCCGAGUAUAUACAAAGAAGACCGGAAAGCCUAUCUGCCAGGGUAAGGUGGCCACACUGGAAUGACAUUGUCGAUGCACUGGCACAAAUGGCCACUUUGAAAUGGCCGCAGUUUACGUCCCCGAUUCUCCAUCCAGACAAAUACACCACUCUCCCUGCCAGCAUCUCUCCAGUCAUCUCGCCUAUCACGGCACGUGCCCAUCCAGCGAUCCAGAACCUGUCCUGCUCUCUUCUUCACCCAUCCGACCCUUCAUGCUUCCUGGCAUAUCUACGACACAACCUCCUGUCAUUUCCUCGGAUCGCACGCUUCUACACUAUCUACUAUGGUGUUUUCGCCGUCUUAUUGCGGUUCCGCUCCUUGAAAGCCGCCCCCAUUGCUGCCUUGAAUCGGCUGGUCGAGUCGGUACUGCGAUCCAGCAUCGCCACUACGGGCGCAAUUGGAGCAUCAUGGGGAAGUAUCUGUCUCUUCCAGGCCAUCUUGCCGCGCGCAUUCCUCCCGAAAUUCCGCUUCUUCCUCGGCGGUCUCAUGGGCGGCAUGUUUCAAUUGGUGGAUCAGACCUCGUCGGGCCAUGCCACCGAUAUGUAUGCGGCGCGUGCUAGUGUCGACUCGUUGUGGAAAGUAGGUGUCAAACGGAGGUGGUGGAAGGGCAUCAGAGGUGGAGAUGUGUGGUUGUUUGUGGCCGCUUUGGCUUUAGUCAACGUCGUCUUCGACAUGGGUCCGAACACCGACGCCGCCAAAGACCGGGCCAUGACUCUGAUCAGGGUGUUGAGAGGUCAGGUUGAGCUUGGGCUGCAGAAAGAAAAAGUGCAGACCAGUGACGCCACAAGCACAGAUGAUUUGGACAAGGAGAAAGUGCAGUGAUCCUAAGAGACCUAAGUCAUGGGCAGAUGGCCGACUUUGAAACCCUGAGCAACAUACACCAC